AUGAAAAAACUGUUACUAGUUCAUGUCCAUUUUUUUUUUACAAUUUCAGCGAAUUGGCAACUUCGGACGUUAGCCAACUCUAUUGGCGGUGGCGAGGAGGUUUUACUAAAGGUCCAAAAUAUCGGCAAUAAGUGGCAUUUGAUUACAUUCUCGCUCUUCUGCGACCAACUGCAGUUCAUUCAAUUCGACUUAACCAAAAAUCGGCUGCGCUUUAUUGGUGGGCUGAUUUAUCAGGCCUUUGUCUCAUCCCAGGUGCUGUUGACAAUUUUAAUGGCCAUUCUGGAACUCGCGGAAGUCCUGCGACGUGAUACGGGCGACGCAACCUUUUGGAUAUUUCUAAUUCUGAACAUGUUGACGUUUACUGCGGGAUUGUUCUGGUUCAACAUUCUCAUUGUUGGUCUCAGUAGCUACUUAUCUGGACUCGAAUUGGCCAAAGUUUAUGAACAAAUAUUGUGCCCUAUUUUACUUCAUUUGCAUCCAAAAGACUUUUCAUCAGCGUUUUUAAUUUCUUCAAUUUUGAGUCGCCAAUUAUUACGUGGAAAAUCUCAUGUAUUUACAGCAAUCGAAGCGGCGUUAGCGAUGCUUGAAGCUGCCAAUUUUGCCGCAUUUUUGGCAUACUCUUUUUCUUCUUCUUUAAAGUCGUUGUAAAACAGGACAAGGAAAAUACUCACGAACAUAACUCAGUUGUUAUUGAUGAUACAAAUGAUGAAACAAA